AUGUUUUUUUCAGAUUCUUCAAAUGGCUACACAUCUAGAUUUUUAGGAUUCUAUGUUUAUAUAUCGAACACAACAGACAGAUUUGAUGGUCAUCUCUGUUUCCACGACACAAUCUACAACAGAUCCACAAUACCAGCCGUGGUCAACAUAAGCUGUCCUGUACACGGGCAAUACGUCAUAUACUACAAUGAAAGACUUCUAAAUGUUACUUAUCCAACUGGAUAUUCUCAGUAUGCAUUUACUGAUUUCUGUGAAGUUGAGGUGUAUGGUUGUGCUACUCCCAUGCGAUAUGGAUCAAAUUGUUCCCUUCUGUGUCCAGUAAAUUGCAAGCAAUAUUGCAACAUACAAUUAGGAAAUUGUUUUCAAUGCAGUCCCGGCUACAAGGGUGAACAAUGUGAACAGAAAUGCGACGGAAACCUAUAUGGCCGUAAUUGUAGGGAAACCUGUGGCAGUUGUCUGUAUCUACGUCAGUGUCAUCACGUGAAUGGUUCUUGCAAGGACGGGUGUAAUCCAGGAUACCAAGGGGAGAAAUGCGAUAAAGUUUGUAGUUUUGGUUAUUUUGGAUCCGACUGCAAAGAGGAAUGUAGUGCAUUUUGUAAGACAACACGUGACUGUCAUUACGAGACAGGUUCCUGUACCCAGGGCUGUAAAUCAGGCUGGCAAGGACACGAUUGUUUCCAAAUCCAAGCAAAAGAAGAGAAUGACUGGCCGUCUCGAUUUUAUGGUCUUCUUGCUGCUUUUUGUGUAUGUGAAGCAGUCAUAAUUGUUAUGUUAGUGGUGGUGUUCCUGCAACGACGUCGCAUGAUCGUAAGGAAAGCACAGAAAACUUUGAAGGAGAGUAAAAAUCCUCAAUGCAAUACUGGUUACGUAGAUGUAAUGUCCACUGAAAAGAUUAAAAGUGAAUACCAAGAGCUAAGUGACAUUAAAGAACCCUCAACGUAUGACGUUAUCAAAUGAUAAGCGUCAGCAAUAGACGUUGGGAUAUUCCUGCAGACCUUAGAUGAGAAAUAAAAUUAUUAUUUCUUUAAGAUUUUUUUUUCUUAUUGCACAUGCCAUUACAAAUCACAGAUAAGGAUAAAAAAGUUUGUUUAUUGACCGAAGCUAAGCCAAAGUC